GUACAGCAGCAGCAGCAGCGGCAGCGGAAGCAGCAGCAGCAGCAGCGGCAGCAGCAGCAGCAGCAGCAGCGGAAGCAGCAGCAGCAGCAGCAGCAGCAGCGGAAGCGGAGGAGAAGUAGCUAGAAAACAAAAGAGAGAACACGCAGUCGUCCUCCGAUCUGCUGGUCUGGUAUGCUCUUGCAGUGUUAUAGGAAUGCCCAAGGAAAAAUAUGACCCGCCGGAUCCAAGGCGGAUGUACACAAUUAUGUCUACCGAAGAAGCAACCAACGGGAAGAAGUCAUACUGGGCUGAGCUGGAAAUCAGCGGCCGAGUAAGGAGUCUCAGCACAGCCCUUUGGUCUCUCACCCACCUCACUGCCCUGCACAUCAGUGACAACUCAUUGUCACGCAUCCCGCCAGACAUUGCCAAACUACACAACCUGGUGUACCUGGAUCUCUCAUCCAAUAAGAUCAGGAGUCUGCCGGCAGAGCUCGGCAACAUGGUGUCUCUCAGGGAACUGCUUUUAAAUAACAACCAGUUGCGGGUUCUGCCAUUUGAAUUGGGGAAACUGUUUCAGUUACAAACACUGGGAUUGAAAGGCAACCCACUUGCACAAGAAAUUAUGAGCCUCUACCAGGAACCUGAUGGCACGCGGAGACUGCUCAACUACUUGUUAGACAAUCUGGCAGGGGCUAUCAAGCGCAUACCAACAGAGCAGCCCCCAGCCCGGUCAUGGAUCCAACUCGCGGAACCAGACCGAACACGAGCGUCAGCACUGUUCUCUGUGAUGUGCUACAAUGUGCUGUGUGAUAAGUACGCCACGCGACAGCUAUAUGGCUACUGCCCCUCUUGGGCUCUAAACUGGGAGUACAGGAAGAAAUCCAUCAUGCAGGAGAUAAUGGGCUGCAGUGCAGACAUCAUCAGUUUGCAGGAAGUAGAAACGGAGCAGUACUACAAUUUCUUCUUGCCGGAGCUGAAGGAGCAGGGAUACGACGGGUUCUUCAGUCCAAAGUCACGAGCCAGGACGAUGUCCGAGUCGGACCGUAAACACGUGGACGGAUGUGCAGUUUUCUACAAAACGGAAAAGUUCAGCGCAGUGCAGAAGCACACAGUGGAGUUCAACCAGCUGGCCAUGGCUAACUCCGAGGGCUCAGAGGCUAUGCUGAACAGGGUGAUGACCAAGGACAACAUCGGGGUAGCUGUGCUGCUUGAGGUCCGCAAAGAGAUGAUGGAGGCCUCCUCUGGAAAGUCCCUCCACGGCAUGGAGAAGCAGCUGCUCCUGAUAGCCAAUGCCCACAUGCACUGGGACCCGGAGUACUCUGACGUCAAGCUGGUCCAGACCAUGAUGUUCCUGUCGGAGGUGAAGAACAUAGUGGACAAGGCCACCCGCAGCCUCAAGUUGUCCUCCGUCUCUGGUGAGAUCAAUGCCAUUCCACUGGUGCUGUGCGCUGACCUCAACUCCUUGCCUGACUCUGGCGUAGUGGAGUACCUGAGUACUGGUGGGGUGGACUGCACCCACAAGGACUUCAAGGAGCUUCGUUACAGCGACAGCCUGACCAAAUUCAACUGCAACGGCAAGAACAGCAAUUCCAACGGCAGGAUCACCCACGGCUUCAAGCUGAAGAGCGCUUACAACGACGGCCUGAUGCCUUACACCAACUACACCUUCGACUUCAAGGGUGUCAUCGACUAUAUUUUCUACUCCAAGCCUCACCUGAACGUGCUGGGUAUCUUGGGCCCACUGGACCCCCACUGGCUCGUAGAGAACAAUGUCAGCGGCUGCCCGCAUCCCCACAUCCCCUCCGACCACUUCUCCCUCUUCGGCCAGCUGGAGCUGCUCCUGCCCAACCUGCCCCCCCAGGUCAACGGGCUCCACCUGCCUGCACGCAGGUAGUGAGUCGCUGCCACACCACCGGGGGGGAGCUGCAACCACAGCCUCUCCCUUUUCAAAACCCUCCUCCCUCCCACUACCAGCUCUUCCCUCCACCGCACCGGAGGAGGAAGACAAAUACACAACCUGUAAAAUAUUCGUACAGUGAGGUCUGGCCGACAGGGAUUUCGUAUAAUGUUAUAGAUAUUCUAUAUUUUUCUUUUUUCUUUCUCCGUUUUUCUUUUUUGUUCUUUUUUUAACUGCUUGAUUCAGUCCUGCUCGUGUAUCAUAUUUUGUGUUUUUUGGACUCCCUUUCCUCCUCAAAUCCACCCACCCACCCACUUUGCUUCUGUCUUUCAAACUAGAGGGGAUGGUAGCUCAUUCAGAUUUGUCACACUGUUUGGUUUUUAGAGCGAGGGGGAAACUGAGAAGUGGCUGAGGGGGGACGACGUUCACCUUGAAAAGCUCCAUAGCUGAUGGUCUGCCUGUCUGUCUGUCCUGUAUAAAUCUGAAACCAGCAAAGACAGCAGACUUGUCAGUCUCGGACCUCCCAUCAUUGGCUUGUGCUUGUUUUCCCCCCGUUCCUCUGGGUCAGCCAGCAUACUUCCUCAGUCUUUCUAGGAUGCACACAUGCGUUUGAGUCAGAUGUUGUUGGGUUAAAGCUGCUUUCAGCUGGUAGUUAAACGUCCCUGGAGUUGGAUGUAGCGCAGCUCGUAUGAGGUGAGAUUUACCUGCUGUCAAUCUGUGGUGCUGAGGCCUUUUUUGUGUGGUCACGGCCUCCCGUGGUGCUACAAGAUAGUCUACACCUCUGACCCCCGGCCCCUGGUGCGUUAGCUACCCAACCCCACAGAUGCCUCGAGAACUACGUUUGCCCAAAUUUCACGUGGGCUGCAUGUAGUGUUAAUUUGUGGAAGGACACGGUGAUAAACUGAGAGCAGCUACCAUCCUGUCUGCAGACUGUUUCACCCCGGCUUGUAUAGUUGUUAGGCUUGUGGCUUAGGAGCUCAUGUGGCCCACGUACCCCCAUUUUUUUAUUUUUUUUUUGUUGGUCAAGGGAUUUCGGCUGACGGGCAAAGCGACGAGGGGCUUUCACAAAUCUUUUUCUUUGUCUCGAUUGCUUUUUUUAGACAGACAGAGCGAGUAAUGGCUGAUACACAGGAGUAAAAAAAAACCAGCAUUCCUCUCACUGUCUGGAGUUGCCAUCCAACUCCACACAUGCAAGCUUACACACACACACACACACACAUACACACACACAACACAGGUAAUUUGCAGGCAGAUCUGUAGCACUGUCUCCGAGGCCAGUAGUGACUUUUUCCCCCCAGCCAUAAAUUCCAUACACAAAAAGCAGUGGUUUUUUUUUCACAAGUGUUUGUACAGAAUAGAAAAUCUAGACUCAGUCUUUACAUGAUUGUAUAUGAACCACAAAAGACCUGUUUUCUGGCGUUUUUUGUACUAAGAGUAAAUUAUGAUCAGAUUUGAAGAAGAAAAAAAAAAACAGAUUGUAUUGUAAACUAUGGCUAAAUUUUUAUCCAGUUAAUGUUAAGAUGAAUUGAUAUUACCAGCUUGUACAAAAGACGUAAGAAGAGGUUGUUCAAGGCGUUCACUGUCACUACUUUGCACUCCCCCCUUUUGAGAUUAACUGUAAUUAAUGUAUCAGUAUUUUAUUUCUUUCCUCCCCACCCCCCCGUCCUCUGCUGUUGAUUUGAUUUGCCGGCAUAUUGCUGCGAUUGUAAAUAGACACUGAGUAAACUCUGCCUGUUGCUUCUUGCCCAUUAACAAAGCCAUCGAUCCACACUGCUGCCAUCAGUUCAGACAAAAGGACACGCGAGGAUGAGUCCCCCCUUUCCCCAGUGACUCCACAUCAGUUCAUCUCUAUAUCUCACACACGCUCCCCACUAGUGACGUGUGACCGAUACAACCGACUAUAUUAAUCCCACAUGUACAAGAAAAACAUCGUGCCUCACUGUAGCAGUUGUCGUUGUCUUGCACUAUUUACAUUUUUGACGAACGCCUGAACAACCUUUUCUCCUUUUAUUUUUAAAUACUGUUGAGACAUUUGUGAAGAUUUUAUGUCCUUUUAUUGGGUUUUUGUUAAUGUUGAUUUCCUUUUUUAUGAGCUGUGACAAUGUUCUGAUGAUGAUGAUGUGUAUAUCCUUCCUACUCAUUGAGCUCUCUAGUAAUCAGGUAUGCUUUUCUCCACGACCCUACCCCCCCCCACACCUCCUUGAGGAACAUGAGUAGGAUGUCUAAUCUUUAUUAAAUCCAACUCUCUCGGAUUGUUUUGCUCCCUAUUUGUACCUUUUUAGCACAGCUCCACGCCCGGACCCCCGAAAAAUAUCUAGCCCUUAGCUCCUUCCCUGGCCACCGAUUUUAAAUCUCCUUAAGCCUGUCCCAUCACCCUGAACCCCCCCGCCCAACCACCUCCCCCUCUAUAUUACUCAAGCUGUGUCUUUUAAAGCCCUUUUGCUCAACCACUCUGUAUAGUUCUCUUACCCUCGCAGCUAUAGUGCCAUCUGUGGACCCCCCCCUACCUCUGUAUUGGAAAUAAGGUGGAAGGUUUAGCUCUGCUUUUGGAUGAACGAGGGAUGAGGGGCGGCUAUUUCUCUCUGAAACCACGUUGCAAUGAAAUUUCAGUCAGUAGCAAGAUGAUGACUUCCCUUGCUGUUCCACCGGAUGAUGAGCACUUAGUCGAUUCAGAUGCAGCUCCCCCUCACUCCCCGGCCCGUCACAUUAGCAAAUAAAGAUCUAAUUUACUUAAAUGUAUAUGUAUAAAAUGACAUUUUUAAAAGCAAGGAGGGAAGCAAGUAAAUAGGAAGUUUAGUCCUCAGAUCAAGGUUUCUUGUCCCGUUUGUCCCCCCCCUCCCCUCCACAUGUUUGUCUUUUAACCUUUUGUUUUCCAAUGGAAACCAAUGUGUCCAGUUUGAUUUAUUUUUCCUGAAUGGCAUUAGUAUUGUAGUAGAUUUAAAGGCUAGCUUUUUUUGUAAAGUGUGAAUAAAAGAUGUAUCUCAUGUUUCCUUUCUAAAAAAAGAUAUUGAAUUGUGUUGUUGUGUAAAUCAUGAAUUCUAUGAUGGUGUUAUGUUUGCGACAUUUGUUUUUACUUUUACUCAAUAUAUAUAUCCCCCCCCCCCUCGCCCUCCCCUCCCUCCGCCUCCCCCCUAAUAUAAUAUCUCCAUCACAAACCAAAUCCUCUGUAGAGAUCACGAGACGUUGUCUUGAUUGGGUUGAAUGUUCCUGACGAUGCCUCGUAGAAUGAAGGAUUGAGAGCUUAUCGGAGAAGUACCGACAUCAUCUUUGGUUAUCGGUAAAAAAAAAUCGUUCAGCACAGGGAUAUUCAAGUUCUUUUUACUUCUCAGCUUUAUUUUUGGAUGUUGCAUGGCACUAGCUGGAGAGUGCUAGUGCCUCGUAGGUUUAGUGGCAGCAGCGCUGUCUUUACUAGUAGCUGCAGUUCAGUACUAGAAACACUGUUCUGACUGGUGUAAAAAACGUGUUUGAGACUAAGCUAACGGAGCGCCGCUGGUCGCUAGACUGGUCCUGUGAUGAUUUUUGAGUACUACUAGUCCCAUUUCACUCUGUUGUGCAUCACGGUGGUUAAAUCUGUUACACUAGUUAGCUACUAUUGACGGUCACUGAUGUGACUCUUUAAGUCUUUUUGGUUGUUGACUCCCCCUCUUCCCGUCCCUCUCCUCUUCAUCACCCUCUUGUUAAUCCACAGACUCAAAUCUGGCGAAUCACAGAGCCGUCACCCCGUAAGCUUCAGCUUGUGAUCACAUUGUUGGCUUUGUACUUUCCACUUGUUGCAUUGUGUUUCAUAGUUGGCUUGUUUUUAGGCGUAGAGUAAUUUCCCCAGGCUGCAUCUCUUUUGUAACGGUGCACACCAAAGCUGCUUGUAGUCCAGUUGUCCGUUUGUUAGAGCGAGUUCUCUCAACCAACCCGAUCAUAGUCUUCAUGAAAUGUAGGGCUGUAAGGAAAGCAAAAGGUACUUGUGUCCCUUUUUCCUUGAAUCACAUGAACAUCCUCGUUGGGCUUUUUGGUUUCUCGAUCCGUCGACUCAUUUUAAACGCAUCCCUUUCCCAAAAAACAAACAAACAAACUUGGCAAUAAUACCCAGAAACAUUCAGACACAUUCAGAAAUGGGUUUUUAAAUAUUUUAUCUGGAAUAUGUAGCUAUCUCAUCCUUCAAACUGUGGUCGCUUUUUUUUUUGCUUUCGAACUCUCCCAUCUUCAACCUUCAACCUUCUACACCGUUUUGUUCCCUUUCUUUUCCCUCCUUCUCACCCAUCUUGUAUAUUUGCUCAUCUCCUCCUCCUCCUCUUCCUCCUCCCUGCCGAUCUAGUAGUAGUUGUUCAAUGAUCAGGAUUGUCUAUCUGUAGUCAGCUGAGUACAUAUAUUGAUCUGUGUCACUGUGUUAAUGCACUGGACCAACUAUUGUUUACCAUUCAUGAAAUACCAGCAAAAAAAAAACAACAAAAAAAUGAUGACAAAGCACUUGCACAAUGUUGUAGAAUGUCCAUUAAUCCAGAUGAGAAAUCAAGGCAGCUGUUUUCAAAUCAACACAUACUGUUUUAAAAAGAAACUGAAUGGUAAACAAUGCUUUCUGUUGUACCCCUUUUAGCCGUCCUCUCGAUCCUCUUUGGACUAGUUUUUGUUCUUUGAUUUUUGUUUUUCCGUUUGACUACAGGUUCUGCUUGUUUCCUUUACACCUACCUAUGUAUUUUCCUACUUCUGGUUGAAAAUAAAUUCUAUAUUAUCUGUUUCAA